AAGCUUGGGCGUCAUGCUGGCAGUGGCACGUGACAGAGGGUGGCGUGAUGCCUCCUCAGUUCUCACGAGUCGUGUGUCAUCACACAUCUUGUCCUCAGUCUAGAGUGAGGUGGUCUGAAAGGCAUCGUGCUAACAAUCUAAUAAAAAAAAAUAAAAAACGAACUUUGGAAAAUUCGUCACACUUCUUCAUUUCCCACCAAAUACGAUUCUUCAAAUUUGCCUCUUCAAACUGAGAAUUUAAGCAGUGAAACAGGAAAGAAGACAAUGGUGCAGGUGGCUGUGGGCAGCAUACUGUACUCCGACCAGCAGCAUACUGUGCCCCACCCUUCAAUGUAGCUAUCAUCUGUAAUGGUGUUGCAAGAGAGGAACCAUGAAGGGUAGUGCAGAGAGAAGAGCUGGCAGCCACCCAAACAGUGUGCUGCAUCGAAUCAGCUUGGGUGUUGUGACCGUGCUGGAACAAGCUUUCUACAGAUAUGGAUGUGUCAUUGCACAACGGCCAGCUGUGUUUAUUGUCUUGUGUUUGGCUAUAACUGGUGUUUUCUCUGUUGGGUUAAUGAAAUUUACACUAGAAGAAAGACCCUUUAAGCUGUGGAUUCCACAAGACUCUAAUUUUAUUCAUGUAAUGGAAUGGCAGAAGGAAAAUUUUCCUGCUGAGUUCCGUGCUCAUGUUGCUCUUUAUGAAGCUGAGAAUGUCCUUGAUAAAACUGUUCUGUUAGAGAUGCUCAGAGUGCAUGAAGCAGUUAACAGUGCCACUACACCUGAGGCCUCAUGGUCCUCAACUUGUGCCAAAUUGCCUUCUAUACCAGACUCUAUAUUUAGUCGCAAAAGAAGAAGUGCAAAUCAAACUGAUAGAAUAAAGAAAGACCUCCAGAAGCAGAGAUUUAAAAGGGAUGAGAAUGAGGAAGGAACUGACUGGAGUUUAGUAUUUCCAAGAGGGAUAUAUUGUAGCUAUUUAGAAGACAUCACUCAGGAGUGUAUGGAACACAGCAUUCUGGAAGUCUGGGGUUAUGACAGGGAUUACAUCAAUAGUCUGGAACCAGAAGAGAUUAUAGAGGACAUAAACACUGUAGAAAAGAGUGCUGUUUUUGGGUUUCCAACUAAUUUCACUGAAAUGCUUGGAGAUAUAGAGAGAGACAGCAGAGGAAGAGUAAUAGGGGCAGGAGCCACAAGACAGUUGUGGGUUACUCGCAUUAAUCGCACAGCUGUUAGUGUCGGUGACUUUGUUGAUGACACAGGCACUGGCAUGGAGGUAGAUACUGCUGGCUUUAAUUGGGAGAAAGAAUUCAUUAAGGCAGUAUUAAAUGAAACGGAGAGACCAGACAAUGUAUCUCUGUAUCUUAUGGCAUCCUCAAGCUUUGGAAUGAUUAGUGGGGAUACCAUCCUGGGAGAUGCUCAGUACUUUGCUAUUGGCUUCAUGGUGGUGUUUGUGUAUGUGCAGGUGAUGCUGGGAAGGUUUAACUUGGUGGAGCAGCGACCCAUACUGUCAUUAAUGGGACUGACAUGUGUUGGGAUGUCAAUCUUUGUAUCCUAUGGGAUUUGUUCUUUCUUCGAAAUACCAUUUGGUCCAGUCAACAAUGUUUUGCCAUUUUUACUGUUGGGACUCGGUAUUGAUGAUAUGUUUGUGAUCAUGCAAGCUUGGAAUACACUCACACCUCAUGAGAAAACAUUGAAGUUAACAGAAAGGAUUGGGAAAGCCCUGAAGCAUGCUGGUGUUUCCAUUACUGUAACAUCACUCACAGACUUUGCUGCCUUUGCCAUAGGAAGCGGCACUGUCCUGCCAGCGCUGAGGUCUUUCUGCCUGUACGCAGCAGUUGGCAUUGCUGCUGUCUAUUUCUUUCAGGCCACAUUUUUUGUGGCAUGGUUCAGCCUGGACCAACGCCGCCUUGAAGACAAUCGGCAGGGCAUACUCUGGUGUUGGAAAGUUCAAAACUGGACACCAAAUCAGUGUAGUCAGAAAGAAUUGUGCCAAUCAUUUUUCAAUGAAAUAUAUGCCAAAUAUUUACUAACAUUGCCUGUAAAAGUUGUAAUUUUAGUGUCAACUGCUGUUCUCUUAAGUGUGUCCGCAUGGGGCCUGUCAAAUCUUCGACAGGAUUUCAAUCCUAUCUGGUUCCUCCCUCAGAGUUCCUAUCUCUUUAAGUUUUUCAUGAAGAAUGAAGAGUAUUUUCCAAAUGUUGGGGAGGAAGGGACUCUUUAUUUUGGGACAAUGAACAUGACUGCUGAGCUGCCAAAUAUUGAAUCUUUAAUAAAGAAGUUGAAUGAGAGUGAGUAUGUUAGUGAGAUUGAUAGCUGGUAUUUGAAAUACAAGAAAUAUUGGGAAAAGCAAGACUAUAUUGUACCAGAUCCUGAAGAAACCGAGGAAGAUUUCUUGUAUCAGUUGGGUGUGUUCCUUUAUUCCCCAAGUGGUUCUCGAUACAGAAUAAAAAACUUCCUUUUUGAAAGUCCCUUCAGAUGCACUGAGCCAGCAACACAAGUCUUGGCUUCCAGUAUGGAGUACAAACACAAAGUAAUGUCAGACUCACGAGAGCAGAUUAGGGCCAUGGAUGAUGUCAAGCACAUAGUGAGAAAUGCCAACAUCAGUGGAUAUGUGCAACCCUUUGCCAGAGCCUAUAGUGGCUGGGAAACCAAUAAGAUAAUUGAGAAAGAGCUAUACCAGAACAUGGGCCUGGCUAUGAUGGUGGUGCUGUUGGUGACACUGGUGCUGAUUGCCAACGUGGUGGCCAGCAUUAUGGUGUUGGUGUGUGUCAUCUUCACCUUGGUGGAUGUGGCAGCCCUCAUGCAUUGGUGGGGCCUGACCAUAGAUACUGUGUCCUGCAUUGAUCUGGUACUGGCUAUUGGCUUGUGUGUGGAUUACGCAGCCCAUGUCGCCCACACCUUCAUGACCAAGACUGGGAGCAGGGACCAACGAGUGAGGCAGGCCGUGCAGACCAUCGGGCCAGCUGUUCUCAAUGGAGGCUUCAGCACCUUCCUGGCCUUCAUCUUCCUUGCCAACUCUGACUCGCAUGUCUUCAUCACAUUCUUCAAGAUAUUUUUUGCUGUGGUGUUGUACGGCUUGUUCCACGGACUGGUGUUCCUGCCAGUACUGCUGUCUCUAGUGGGCCCAGCUGCCUAUCCUAGUGCUGGCUCCAGCCCUCAGCACAGUCCUUAUGAGGUUCAAGAAUUAUGCUCUCAGCCUCCACAGCUUCCCAACCACAUCCAUCAAGAGGUUCUUGAGGAAAAGCCUCUUGAAGAUCAAGGGAAUUCAUCUUUAGAUGCAAGGGCACCAAGCAGUGGUGGUGAGUCUUAGUAAACCUUGGUGAUAAGGUGCAAUAGUUUGAAUCCAUUCAUUAUUAAGUAAAGUACUUAUAUAUGAUGUAGUUUUGUAAAUAUUAAAUAUUAGAAUUUAUUUAUGCAGUUUUAUAAUUAUGUAUUGGAUAUGUAUUAUGUAGUAUGUAUUAGAAAAUGUACUAUAUUUGUGUAGUUUUUAAGCAUUAGUAAUGCUUCAUUUUAAUGUCAUUUGAAUCUCUAAAUGUCAGUCAGAGUUGACCCGAACCUCCUGCUGACCCAGGCAUAUUUGCAAGGAAAUUAAUCAAAGCUAUAGAAUUUAUAAUCUACAUAAAAAGUCCAAGAAUUACUCCUUUCAAAGAUAAUAAGAAUUACAUUGUUUGGUUUAUUUAUUUCAUCAUUUACUCAAGGUACUUUUUUUGCAAUGCACCAUUCACCAUUUUGAUGCAGUGUACCAUAAAUGGUCUCAUGAAAUGCUCUCUGUUAUAAAAUAAAGACCAGUCCACACAGUCACAAUAAGGCAGACAUUUGCAGUACACUUGCACAUUGUAUUCAUGGGUGUGGCUCGGUCAUGCAAGGCUGUGACGACACUGAGUAUGCAAUAAGUAUACAGAUAGUAAACUAAUAAUAUACAAACACAUCACUAUUUGUACACUUAUAAUACAGUAAAAUAACAUUGUGUUCCAACCAAACACUAGUGAUAUGAUCUGUCUGAUAACAACACACCAAGAUUGCGCUGGUAGUACACUGGGAAAAUUAUUGGAGGAGUCAGUGGAAUAAAACAAGCAGGCAUGUACAGUCAGGCAGCUUUUGUAUGUACCUACACUUAUCCUUUGUCACUUAAUGUCACUUGAUCUGGUCCUCCAAGGGGUGACAUUAAUGUUCAGAGUGCAUUGUGCUGGAUUAUCAGGUGACCCUUGAGGAACAGCAACCCCAUAUAAACAAGUUUGAGCUAACAAAUCCUAACAGAUAAUGCACAAAUAUCAGACCAGCACUUUAUAAAAAACUGUCUCACUAUUUAUGCUCAUCUGUGUUAAUAGUUGAUGCUCUUUGAAUAGCCACAUCAUCCCAUCCAUCACUGGCGGGGAUUGAGAGGACAUUCAAGGCAGGCCACAGUCUUUUCAUGCCAUGGCCUAACUGAUGAUGUCAACUCAAGUUUACCCACCAAGUGUUCCUUCAUGGUCUAAUCCCUGGCAAGGAUAUCUUGUGGUUAGCUUAUCUUGUCUUCAGAUCACCGUCUCAGUAUAUCCAUGAUGUUCCAGGGGGGGGACAUGACACUGGUUACAGACAUGGCAAACCUCUUGUGCAAAGGUCGGUCGUCAAGCAAAAUAUAAUUGCUACAAACAGAAUUCUGCUCAAGGAAACUCAGGAACUACAAUAUAUGCCAUACAUUAUUUAAGUAGCAUGAGGUUAAGUUGCUGCAUCAUCUUACCUCUCCACUAUGCCUCCACCUACACUACAUACAUUAUGUCACAUCAGCAAAGAUCUGUACCCUCUCAACAUACUCAAGUAGACAUAAACUACAUCUUUCUCUUCCUCUAUAAUGUUGUUAGUCGUUUCUCCAUUAUUGUGGUGUGGAGUUGUAUAGUUGAAUCAUGCUUCCUUGUAAGGACUUAAAGGUCUGUUGCUGUUUGAAAUUCACUUGUAUUCUAUUCUGUUUCUGCUGGUAUGUAGAAAGUGUAUUGGAUGUUGGUUUAGUCUAUAGAAACUGUUAUGUUUUUAAGAAUCUCUCCUUACUCAGUUACUUUAUCAUAUGAAUUUCUUUUAAAUUAUUUUUUUCUUAAUGUGUGUGUAUGUAAUUUUUCAAUUUUAUCUUAUGGUGAAUCAUACAAGCUUAAUUAUGAAUCUCUCAAUAUUCCCAAUCUCUAAAGUUAAUCUACAAUCUCUGUAAUAUAUUUGAUUUUGUGUACUUACUUUCAUCUUUCAUAUUUCAUGCAGUCAUCAGCAAUGGAAAAAGAAUAUUUGUGAUGCAAGUA